CAUUACGUCAACCAGCGUGAGGAAAACUCACAUGGUAGCUGACUGGAAGUAGACAGGACCUCUAAAACUGGGGAGUACAGAGAAAAAAAAUGUCUGCAGCUAAAGUGAAGAUGCGUGAGAAGAAGAUGAGGAACCAGCCCGCCAGCGUCCAGUACUCCGCUUCUCCCCGUCACGAGGAGAGCAGCGCGCAGAAAAACGGGGGGGCCGCUCCGUUCACCGGAGGAGGAGGAGGAGGAGGAGGAGAUGCUGGUGGUGGUAGGAGUGGUCCAUUUGGUGUCCAUCCUAAUACAGAAAGGUCAAAGAGCCCUCAACCACGGGGCGGAUGGGUCCGAGGACACCACAAAGAUGGUGGAGGCUAUGCCAAGGAGAUGCCCAACCAAAUCACUGCUGGAGCGUUUGCCACGGCCAGGGCGUCGGAGGUGAGGACGAUGCUGAAAGCCGCCACCAAGACGACGGGCAGCAGCCAUGUCUUUGGAGCGCUGCCCAAACACAUGAGGAGGCGGGCCAUGAGCCACAACACCAAGCGGCUCCCGUGCCGGCUGAGAGACGUGGCCAACAGAAUGCGAGCGAAGAGCCUCCAGGCCGACCCCUCGAAGAAGAAGAAGCAAGUGUCGAAGUGCAGGAGCCGCAAGGCCCGCCGGCGGCACGGCGAUCUACUGCUGGAGUUCAACCGCCGCCAGAGGAAGAACAAAUGGCUGGAGACGCACAUUUGGCACGCCAAGCGCUUCCACAUGGAGAAGAAGUGGGGCUACUGCCUCGGGGUCAGACCCACGUACAAGUGCUACCGGGCGAGCUACAGGGCCAUGAGCAGCCACUGCCUGAUGCAGGACCUGUCUUACUACUGCUGCAUAGAGCUUCAGGGAGAGGAAGACACGCUAUUGGCUUCUCUGUCCCAGCUGACCAGCAAGGAGGCCGGUCCCACGUUUGCUGCAGCCCUGAGUCUGUCGGGGCAGAGACAGGGCAGCGUGGACGUGUACAGAGCGGGUCAGUACCCGCUGCAGCCCCUGGGCCCCGUCACCUUCCUCUGGAGACCCCGUGCACAGGGCUCGACCCACAGGCAGCUGUGGAUUUGGGUUCAUCCCACCAUCAAACAGGACCUUCUUCCCGAGUUACAAGCGGUCUGCCAGUGUGAUGAGGCGGUUCUUCCUCCAGCGGUGACACCUGCUGAGGUUGUUCCCGCCCUGGAACCAGAACCGGAGCCGGAAAAGACCCCCGAGUCUAAGCCGACAACUGGAACCAAGAGAAAGCGAACUUUUAAAGAUGCCAGGGAACCUUCUGCUAAGAUGAUCCUGGGAGAUGGAACCAGAUCUCCCACCACCCCAGUUACUUGGAAGUCCAGCUCAAACGGGAUAGUUAUAAGUGAUCUCACCAUGGAGAUUGUACGCUACCGUCUGAUUGGACCGCAGUCCCAUUCGGUUCUGGCGGCAACUCUGGAAGCGGCGACAGCCUGUGACGGAAAGGAUGCAUCCCAUCCCUCUUUCCUCUGGUGGCCGGAGCACUGCAAAAACGAGAGCCAGAUGAAUCUGCAUCGACAACAAGCCGAUGUCUUCCACCUGCUGAAAGGCAUCUAUUCGUCUGGAGAGCUCCCCUCGGGCGCAGUGCUGGGUCUAACUGUUGAUGACCCCAGGCUGACCUUACCAACAAAGAGGGUCAAAGCUUCACCCUGUGUGAAGCAGGCACAAGACGGGGAGGAGGAGAAGAGGAGGGAGCUGAUGCUGCGAGGACCACCGGCACACUGCGGUCAGAGCUCCCUGUGGGAAAGCUCCGUCCGGGACAACGUCACGGACAACAAGAUCUCCAACAAGCUGCUGAACCACAUGAGGAGCGAGCUGCUGGUGCCGGGCUCCAGGCUGAGCCGCACUCCCCCGCAGGGCCGAGUCCCCGUCCUGCUGGUCCACCAGCCGGGCAAGCAGGUGGGGCAUGACAUGACCUCCUGGGGUGCUGGAUGGGACCUGCUGCUGCCCAAAGGAUGGGGCAUGGCCUUCUGGGUCCCACUGGUGUACCGAGGCGUUCGCGUCGGAGGCCUGAGCAUGAGUCUGAAACACUCUCAGAACAAAGGAGCCGCCCACUUCCCCCACGAUUACCCCGACUGCCCGGCGGGCGCUCGCUUUCAGGAGGAGCAGGAGGCCCAGCUGCUGGGCAAAUUCAAAAGGUAUCCACCCGCCAAAAGGAACAAUUACAUCAAACACGGCUGUCUGGCCCCGUUCUAUUGCCCGUGGCAACAGCUGGCCGAGGAGUGGGAGCUCAUCGCGAGGGAAGAAGGCCGACUGACGGAGUCUGCCGACGCGGCGAUGGAGGUGGCAGCGGUGGUGGCGCCGCGUGAAGACGUCGCUGUAACGAAGCCUCCGGGCCGGGUCACCGUGCUGAGGAACAGGAAGUCGCUGCGGCUGCUCUCUGGUUGGUGCACGCCCACGUCCUCCAAAGGUCAAAGGGCGCCGCGCGGCCGCGCCGUGCCUCCUCUCGACGGGGCGGCCUCGGCGCGGUUUCUCUCGGCGCACGCCAUGAGUCUGGCGUGGGUGCGCCUGUCGCUGCUGACCAAGGGCAAGCCGGAGCUCCACGCCAUGGUGUGCGUGCCGACUGCGGCGGACCUGAUGCUGCUGGACACGGAGCCCGUGGGCAGCGGCCCCCAAGAGCCGCCGCACAAAGACCACUUCAAAGGUCCGUUUAGAUGCCGGAAGAAGGACGCCAAGGCGGCGGCGGCGGCUGCUGCCUCGUCUUCGCGUUCCGAUAAGACGGCGGGCAAAGAGUCGGACCCUCCCGCCGCACCCGCAGGACUCAAAUCCUCCCCGGACCUCGCCUCGGGGGUGUGGCCGGACCCGCUGCCCAGCAUCGCCUCCCACUGCUCCCGGGUGACCCUGGGCUGGGUCACCCAGGGCGACUUCUCGCUGUCCGCGGGCCGCGGCGAGGCGCUGGGGUUGGUCAGCGUGGCGGGUCUCCUCGACGCCCUCGCCGGCCAGCCGGCGCGGCGCAGAGGAACGUUGCUGCUGCGCAACCCCACGUCGCUGCACUACCGCUUCGCCAAAGUCAACCUGGAGGUGUGAUUUUGAAACGUGGCAGAACUUCCAGGAGAACCUGGAUGUUGACAUCACAAGUUGCAUAAGAGGCGCGUAUAUUUUUUUUACUCUCCAAGAGAUAUCCUCAUAGUUUCAGUUUGGAAAAGGUUCACUGAAAUACAAUCGGGUUCCCAAAACUAAUCACGCCAAAGCUAAUUUUACACUCAUGGAGGGAGUCAUCAUGUUUGUGGCGGUCUCGUCUUCUUUUUCUUUUCUUUUUUUCAAAUGAGUGAGUUUGGGAUCAGUUUCUGUAUCAAAUGCAAAUGUAUUAAAAAAUAGUUUGACUGGU